AUGACCACCAGCGCCGCCACCCCGUCGCACACUCCCUGUGCCUGGGAGCACCAUCCGCAUUCCCAGCAGAGGCCCGCUUCCUCACGAGCCACCACUGCCAGGACGCCCGCCUCCGUCGGCCAGCCGCUGCCGCCCGCCCUCCGCCCUAAUGACACCCGCUCGCCCAUUGCCCAGGACGCCCGCACCCCCAGUCCCAAUUACUUUGGCCUUGCUUUCGACUCGACCGCCGACAUCUUCUCCUCCAGUGGCGCCCGCCACGCCAAGGCCAACUGGAGCCCCCCGAAUUCCAAUGUGCGCUCUGCCGCCGCCGCCUCGCCCCGCGUAAUACCUGUCGACCAGAAUCCUGAGUUCGAAGCAUUCCGCCGCCAGUCCGAAGAGGGCAGGAAGUUUAGCCUCGGCGGCGGCCUGUCGCAGUUCACAUUUGCAAAGUCUCCCAUGAGCCUUUCAAACCCGCCCUCGGCCCGCUCGACCAGCCAUGUCGACUCUCCCACCACCCAUCAAAACGUCACCCCCGUCUCUCCCCGGAGCAGCGACUCCAGCGGCUCGUUUUUAAUCCCAGAGAAGCCACGGUCCCCCAAGCGCAUGCUUUCGUCUGAUGCAUCCGGCUUUCCAGCCCGCCCACGCCGGCUGUCUCCAGGCGCCUACCCCGACUCUUCGGACAGCGAUCAGCCUCCAAAAUUCGCCGACCCGGCCAUCGACAGGCUCUCAAUGCUGCCUUCCAAAAUGUCAGCGAAUGCGUCAACACACACGCGCGCCGAGACCUUACCAGCAAACCUCGACAUUGAAUCCGCAGUGCCCAAACAGGGCCCGGUCAUGGUGACCCCGCAGCAUGUCGUCACUCUCCUGGAGUCUUCGGAAGAAGAGAUCCUCCUGCUCGACCUCCGCGUUUCCACGCAGUAUGCGCUUUUCAGGAUACGCGAUGCUCUGAAUCUCUGCAUCCCCACAACCCUUUUGAAGAGAGUGUCGUUCAACGUGGAAAAAUUAGCAGAAACGUUUAGCCUCGAGAGCCAACGCAAGAAGUUCGAGAAUUGGAGGAGUUGUAGAUACAUCGUCGUCUAUGAUGCAGACUCAUCUCAGCUAAAGGAUGCCACAAGUUGUGUCAACACGCUCAAGAAGUUUGCCAAUGAGGGCUGGAACGGCCCCUCAUACAUAAUACGCGGCGGCAUCAAAGAGUUUGCAACCAAAUUCCCAACUUUCGUAACGAAGGGUGCCGGGCCGUCAGCAAGCAGUGCCAGCCAGAAGCCGAGCCUGAAGCUGGAUGAUAUGCCAGGACCGGCCCCCGUCGUGGGUGGUUGCCCUAUGCCUGCAACCCAGAACGCAGCAAAUCCCUUCUUUGGCAAUAUCCGGCAAAACAUGGACCUGAUCGGCGGUGUUGGACAGAUGCCUGUAAAGCGACCGCAAAGAAUCAACACCAACACCGAGCGUCAGCUGCCCGGAUGGCUGAAACACGCAGCCGACGAAAAAGACAAAGGGGCUUCAGUCUCCGACAAGUUUUUGCAAAUCGAGAAGCGUGAGCAGAAACGGAUGCAGGAAGCCUUGUCAGGCAAAGUUGUCUAUGGUGAACCUGGGCCUGAGGCACCGAAAAGCGUCAAGAUCGCAGGUAUCGAGAAGGGAACCAAAAACCGGUACAACAACAUCUGGCCCUUCGAGCAUAGCCGGGUCAAGUUGGAGGGCGUUCCAUCCGAAGGCUGCGAUUAUUUCAACGCCAAUUAUGUCCAGCCACCAUGGUCGAACAAGCGGUAUAUUGCGACUCAGGGACCGAUUCCAGUAACAUUCGCAGACUUUUGGAGUGUUGUCUGGCAACAGGAUGUUCGUGUAAUCGUCAUGUUGACAGCCGAGAAAGAGGGCGGUCAAAUCAAAGCGCACAACUACUGGGAUGGCCAACAGUACGGAGCUUACAGAUUGAACUUCCACACCGAGCAUCGCGCAUCCUUGGAGCCAGGAGCCAUCAGGCGUCACCAUGCGAGAGGCACAGACGACCGCUCUUCAGAAGUAUUAGGAGGCUCUUCGCGAGGAUCAGGGGCGUCUUCGCAGUCUAUGGACUACUUCCCAUCGCCUGACCCCCAAACCUCGUCCAGCUCUGACCAGCCCUAUGUCAUAGUCCGCAAGUUCACCUUGUCGAACACGGAGCUUCCCUUCGCAAGGAUGCGGGAGAUCACCCAACUUCAAUAUUCCAACUGGCCUGAUUUUGGAGCGCCAGCACACCCAGCCCAUCUUCUUGGCCUCGUGGAGCAGUGCGACGCUGUUGUCCGGCAGACGCAGAGCGGUUCUGCUGAUGAACCCGACCCGUUGAGCAGCCAUCCGGUGCUUGUUCACUGCAGUGCUGGCUGUGGUCGCACCGGUACGUUCUGCACGGUUGAUAGUGUUAUCGACAUGCUCAAACGGCAGAGGAGCUCGCGAUCGCGGCGCCAGGCGUCCCCUAUGGAUGUCGACAAGAGCUCGACGACGAAGGGCAAGGACAAUCCGUUCUUCAAGUCCGGAGACGCAACCACAGAUGAGGGGCUCGAUGGUGCAUGGCUUGGCCGAGACGACAUCGAUCUGAUCGAGAAGACGGUUGAGACCUUCAGGCACCAGAGACUGAGCAUGGUGCAAAGCCUACGCCAGUUUGUCCUUUGUUACGAAAGUGUCUUGGAGUGGCUGGUCGAACAGCACCAGGACUUGAGGUAG